CUGGUGUCUGGAUCAGCUGGAGACACUGCAGACACGGCACUCGGUGGGGGAGAUGGCCUCCAAUAAGUUCAAGCGGAUGCUGAACCGGGAGUUGACCCACCUGUCCGAAACCAGCCGCUCUGGGAACCAGGUGUCUGAAUACAUCUCACGGACCUUCCUGGACCAGCAGACUGAAGUGGAGUUGCCCAGGGCAACCCCUGAGGAGCCCCCGCGACCCAUGUCCCAGAUCAGUGGCCUGCGUGGGCUCCCUCACAGUGCCAGUCUCUCUUCAGCCACCGUCCCACGCUUUGGGGUCCAGACUGACCAGGAGGGGCAACUGGCCAAGGAGCUGGAAGACACCAACAAGUGGGGGCUCGAUGUGUUCAAAGUGGCAGAGCUGAGUGGGAAUCGGCCCCUUACAGCCGUCAUAUUCAGUGUCUUUCAGGCUGUGUUCACAGACCUGGAGGUCCUGGCUGCCAUCUUUGCAAGUGCCAUCCACGAUGUGGACCAUCCUGGGGUCUCCAACCAGUUUCUCAUUAACACCAACUCGGAGCUGGCGCUUAUGUACAAUGAUGCCUCCGUGCUGGAGAACCACCACCUGGCGGUGGGCUUCAAGCUGCUGCAGGGGGAGAACUGCGACAUCUUCCAGAACCUCAGUGCCAAGCAGCGGCUGAGUCUGCGCAGGAUGGUCAUUGACAUGGUGCUGGCCACAGACAUGUCCAAACACAUGAACCUCCUGGCCGACCUCAAGACCAUGGUGGAGACCAAGAAGGUGGCAAGCCUUGGUGUCCUGCUGUUGGACAACUACUCUGACCGCAUCCAGGUCUUGCAGAACCUGGUGCACUGCGCUGAUCUCAGCAACCCCACCAAGCCGCUGUCUCUGUACCGCCAGUGGACGGACCGCAUCAUGGCUGAGUUCUUUCAGCAGGGCGACCGCGAGCGUGAUUCGGGCCUGGACGUCAGCCCCAUGUGCGACAAGCAUACAGCCUCGGUGGAGAAGUCCCAGGUGGGCUUCAUCGACUACAUUGCCCACCCACUGUGGGAGACAUGGGCUGACCUGGUGCACCCAGACGCACAGGACCUGCUGGACACAUUGGAGGACAACCGCGAGUGGUACCAGAGCAAGAUCCCCCGAAGCCCCUCAGACCCCACCAGCCCUGAGCGGGGUGGCCCUGACAGAUUCCAGUUUGAGCUGACUCUGGAGGAGGCGGAGGAAGAAGAGGAGUCAGUGUUAGACAGGGUGGCCCUGGAAUCACCUGACCCUGACCCCGGGGCCCUACCCGUGGACAACCAGAGGACCUAG